UGGGUGCCCUCCUCCUGCCCUACCUGCACCCUGCCUCCUUUCGGCAUCCACCCUCCUUCAGUAGCAUUUGUUGACGUUGUUGUUGCUUAAGCAUUCCUUCGAUCUUCCCACACCCGCGACACCCUCCUCCCCCACGCCGACUCCAACCAGGUCCCUCCGCCCGCUCGCCGCAGGGGAAAUUGGGAAGCGCCAGCCACGACAGCCCACGGCACGCAAGCACAUCGGACGGCCCAGCGUCACGCGCCGACGACGAUGAGGGUCUGCCGUGGCGCCGUCGCGUGCGCCGCCCUCAUGCUCCUCUCCACCGCUGCAGCGCUGCGGUCCGACCCGAUCAGGCCGAGCACGAGCGGCGCGCCCAAGCUCCGCGCCUCCGCGGACGCCGCGCAUGCUAAUGCCACCUUCCGUAGCAAAGAGGAGGCCUUCGCCUGGGCCAAGAAGGACCACCGGAGGCUCCUCCACGUCGUCUACCGCGUCGGCGACAUCGACAGGACCAUCAAGUUCCAUACAGAGUGCCUGGGCAUGAAGCUGCUGAGGAAGCGCGACAUACCAGAAGAGAAGUACACCAAUGCCUUCCUCGGAUACGGCCGCGAGGACGCCCAUUUCGUUGUCGAGCUCACCUACAACUACGGGGUUGACAAGUAUGAUAUUGGGGCGGGGUUCGGUCAUUUCGGCAUCGCAACCGAUGAUGUGGCCAAAACGGUUGAAAUCAUAAGAGCAAAGGGAGGCAAGGUGACAGGGGAGUAUGGCACUGUCAAGGGUGGCAAGACCGUGAUCGCGUUCACCGAAGACCCUGACGGCUACAAGUUUGAGAUCCUUGAGAGGCCAGGGACUCGAGAGCCACUAUGCCAGUUCCAUGGCUUAUUGUAUCUCAAAGAUCACCAGAGUGACUUGUUGUCGCCAAAUUGCAGGCUUAUGGUAUGGAACUACUCCGGAAGCGAGACAACCCUAGAAACAAGUAUACAGUGGCGGUGAUGGGGUACGGGCCCGAAGACCGGAAUGCGGUUCUGGAACUGACCUACAAGUAUGGCAUUGCUAAAUAUGACAAGGGGAAGGCCUAUGGUCAGAUGCGAUAGGCACCGACAAUGUCUACAAGACCGCCGAGGUGGUGAAGCUGUCCGCAGGGCAAGUGGUGCGGGAGCCAGGUCCCUUGCCAGGGAUCGGCACCAAGAUCACAUCUGUGCUUGACCCCGAUGGGUGGAAAACGGUGUUUGUUGACAACAUUGACUUCACCAAAGAAUUGGGUAGUCAUGCACACCAUUGACUUUGCCGAAGAACUAUAAACGUCGACUCUUUGAUUUUUACCAUCAACGUAAACAUGAGCGCACAGACUUUGGGAGAAUGUUUUAUCUUAAAAAAUAAAUGAAGUAGAGGACAUCGAGAAACUCUGAUUUUAUAGAUGUCAUUUCCUUUGGAUAAGCUGUGUUUUGAUGGGAAGUUUGAGCGGGUUUGAAAUGUAAAUUCAAAACAUUGCAGUUAGGCCGUAAAAAAUAUGAUACGAUCCGUAA